AUGUCUAAGACAUUUACGCAAGGCGACGUUGCCGCCCACAACAAGACGGAGUCCCUCUGGAUCGUAGUUGACGACGAUGUUUACGAUCUCACCAAGUUCCAGGAUGACCACCCGGGCGGCAAGAAGAUUUUGCAAAGGGUGGCCGGCAAGGAUGCGUCAAAACAGUUCUGGAAGUACCACAACGAGGGCAUCUUGAAGAAGUUCCAGAAGCAGCUGCAGAUUGGCUCUCUAGAUACGAAGCCCAAGGCGGCCGCUCCCCCACCAGCGCCCGCGCCGGCCCCGAAGGAGGCUCCGAAGCGCGCCGCCAAGCCGGCUUCGUCCGAGGAGGAGGAGGAGGCCGAGGCCCUCGAGCCCUUCGGCGCCCAGAUUCCCUUUGCCGACCCUAGCUGGUACCAGGGCUACCACUCCCCGUACUACAAUGAGACCCACGCUGCGCUCCGGGCCGAGAUUCGGGAGUGGAUCGACAACGAAAUCGAGCCCAACGUCACUGAGUGGGACGAAAAGAAGCAGGUGCCCGCCGAGGUGUACAAGGAGAUGGGCCGUCGCGGUUACCUGGCCGGCUUGCUUGGCACCAGCUACAAGAAGGAAUACGUCGACAACCCGAUCAAGUCGGUGGCUCCCGAGGACUGGGAUCUCUUCCACGAGAUGCUGCUUACCGAUGAGCUCAGCCGCACUGGUUCGGGCGGUUUCGUCUGGAACGUUAUUGGCGGUUUCGGUAUCGGCUGCCCCCCGCUGGUCAAGUUCGGCAAGAAGUCGCUGGUCGACCGCAUCCUGCCCGGCAUCCUGAACGGCGACAAGCGCAUCUGCCUGGCCAUCACGGAGCCCGAUGCUGGCAGUGAUGUUGCCAACCUGACCUGCGAGGCCAAGCUCAGCGAGGACGGCAAGCACUACAUCGUUAACGGCGAGAAGAAGUGGAUCACCAACGGUGUGUGGUCUGACUACUUCACCACCGCAGUCCGUACCGGUGGCCCGGGCAUGAACGGCGUGUCGCUGCUCCUCAUCGAGCGUGACUUUGGCGGCGUUUCCACUCGUCGCAUGGACUGCCAGGGUGUGUGGUCGAGCGGCACGACCUACAUUACCUUUGAGGAUGUCAAGGUCCCCGUUGAGAACUUGAUCGGCAAGGAGAACCAGGGCUUCCGCGUCAUCAUGACCAACUUCAACCACGAGCGCAUCGGCAUUAUCAUCCAAUGUCUGCGCUUUGCCCGCGUGUGCUUCGAGGAGUCGGUCAAGUUUGCCAACAAGCGCAAGACUUUCGGCAAGAAGCUCAUCGAGCACCCCGUCAUCCGUCUCAAGCUCGCCCACAUGGCCCGCCAGAUCGAGGCCUCGUACAGCUGGCUGGAGAGCAUCAUUUACCAAUGCCAGAAGACCAACGAGACCGAAGCCAUGCUGCGUCUUGGUGGGCCCAUUGCUUCGCUCAAGGCCCAGUCCACCGUCACCUUCGAGUUCUGUGCUCGCGAGGCCUCGCAAAUCUUUGGCGGUUUGUCGUACUCGCGUGGCGGCCAGGGCGGCAAGGUUGAGCGCCUGUACCGUGAUGUGCGUGCCUAUGCUAUCCCCGGUGGUAGCGAGGAGAUCAUGCUUGACUUGAGCAUCCGCCAGAGCAUGAAGGUGGCCAAGAUGUUUGGCGGGAUGAAGUUGUGA